AUGGCUGCAGUAGCGAAGUCCUUUGCCACUCGUGGCACCAGGCUCGUCAACUUUGCUCGUCCCCACUUGGAGACUUUCUGGGGCCAUGCCAAGCGUGAACUUGGACCACCGACCGACUUCGGUGCUGUUCAGAGGGAAGCCCAGGCGCUGUUCGCCAAAGCCCCGACGUUCGCAAACACUCCAGUUCGUCGUGCAGCACAGAAUACCCUGAUCGCCAUUGAGAUUGCAAUGUGGUUCUACGUCGGAGAAGUCAUUGGAAAGCGCCAGCUGAUCGCCUACCCUACAAAAUAG